ACUCUCUGACAGUCACCAUCAGACCAUCAGACCACGAGAUGGACAGGCUGUGUGUCGCUCUCAUCUCUCUCUUGUGUGCUGUUUCCUCCAGUCAGGAUGGGAUCUCUGCAGCAGAGGUGGAGCUGAGAGUCAGACCAGGAGACAAUGUUGUUCUUCAUUGUGACAUCAAAGACAAUCUGGUAACAGAUUGGUACAGAAACAGCUCCGUUGGGAACAGGAGUCAUUUCAGAAUUUCAGACAGAGAGAUGAAGGACAAUCCUUUCCGUCGAUUCUAUUUCCUGUUGCGUUCUCAACAGUUCUAUGAUCUACUGAUAACUAACGUCUCUGAAUCUGACCUGGGACUCUACUACUGUGGGAGCUGGCAGAAACCUGUGGUGAACAAGGAAGGGAUUCUCAGUGACACAGAAGAAGAGGUCUACUACCAUGGAAAUGUCAUCACCAGACUUUCAUUUGAAACCCGUCCAACUGAGCCCUCCUCCCCAGAUGUAGACGGUGGGCUGUGUUGGAUGUUGCUGUUCAGUCUGUGUCCUGUGUCUGCUCUCCUCUCCUCUCUCCUCUCCUCCAGCUGUGUCUACUCCUUCUGCAGAACAACAGCUCCAACUGACUCUCAGAUCAAGACGACCAUCAGGGGAAGUGAGAGCAGAGUACAGGAGGAAGGAGACCUGUUUUACGCCUCGUUGGAUAUCCGUCAGGGACCGAGGACACCAAAGGAGAAGACAGUCCAGAACUCUGACUUCAGUACCUACUCAGCCAUCAAUACCAGUGGAGUGUGAGACCUAUACCAUCCAUCAAUACCAGCAGAGUGAGACCUAUACCAUCCAUCAAUACCAGCAGAGUGAGACC